AUGUCUAUAUCGCGGGACGUUGAAUUGGAGUCUCAGCUUGAUUCAACAUGGGUCAACUUCCGUGUGGUCGUGCUUAGCCACGGUGACUAUCGUCUAUACCAUAUCCCACUUCGAUCCUCCGACAAGGGGAUUGAUGUCAUGCACAAACUAAAAAAGACUCUUCUGACCUCUCGCGGCUGGUGGACGAGCAAGUUCAUGAAGAUCGUCCCAUUUCUGAGGCCGGUGGUUUACAACGCAACGAUGUACCCAGUACCAAUCGAAGCUAUCUCUCAAGACCUUCCUUGUACUGUCGACAUUGGAGCCAAGCAUCGCUGCCACGUUCUGACAAGGGCUUUGUAUAACCCCAGAGAGCUCCCGGCCGAGUGCGACUUCGUUACCUCGUACCGCCGCUUCGCAGCUAUCGUCGAGGCGCCUGGCACCAUCCAACCCAGGGAUGUGUUGUUGAUACUCUUGGAGCUCGACAAGGUUAUGUUUUCAGCGACUGUCUUGCUAGCCCUGACCUUUUCUAUCAUCUGUGGAGUCGUGGCAGGUAUUCUGUGGAAGAGUUUAGAUGUUGGGCUAGGGGUGUUUGGUGCUAUCAUAGGCGUGGUUGCCAGAAGUGAGGUCUGGCUGUAG